AUUUGAAAAGUGUAACAAAUAAUUAUUAAAACAAUAUAUAUUUUGCAAACAAAUAAAAUGUGCCAGCCCCAACGCUUUGCACAACCAUGUCUUGCUCUGCUGCUGCUCUUCAUGGCCGGCACAUUGGUCAGCGCUCGACCGCAGCCGCAACGCAAUCUUCAGCACAUCGCCGUCAUAGAGAACGAUGCCUGGGAGCAAUCGUUGCCCCAACACUUCCAAAACCCCUUCUACAAGACACCACGCGUGCGUGAGCUGUUGGCCAAGUCUAGUUGGUUUGGUCCCGGCGAGGAGGUGGUCUACGAUCGUCAGGCCGAGAAAAUACCACGCAUGGAGAUCUAUAAUGUACUCUCGCAUGCGGGCCUCAUACCGCGCCGACGUUUCUUUUAGCCGAUUCGCCUAAAUGUUAACCAUAUUCUUCUUAAAAACAUGUAUA